UGAAUGUUUGCUGCCUGGGCUCCAUAAAUGUUUGAGCAGCCAGGAGCUUCCAGAAGCAGGUAGCUCACUCCUGCUCCUGCAUCCUCACUGACGAUGCAGGAGCAUCGUACCGGCAGGAAACAACACUUCCUCCCUCCUCUUCAUCCUCACACUCCUCAUCGUCCUUCUGUUUAAGCAGGACUGUGGAUCCAGAUUUAUUUAUGGCAAUAUUUCUAUGACUAAAAGAGCAUGGAGCAUCACAGGAAAGUAUAGAGUGUUGGUGAAAUACUAGUGCUUCAUUAUGGAAAAAGCCCUCAGCUAAAGUCACACACCUGUGGACUGGAACUCAGUAAUUUGGAUUAAUUCUCUUCAUACAACACUGAUCCAACCAUGACGCACAGGACUCUGGAAGUAAGAGAGAGCCUGGAGGAGCGGUGCAGCCGGAUCCUGAGGAACAUGGAGGCCUCUCUGACGGCCCGGGAUCGCGUGGGCAUCCAGGACUUUGUUCUCCUGGACCCCUACACGAGUGAGAGUGCCUUCCUGGACAACCUGAGGAAACGCUUCCAUGAGAAUCUCAUUUAUACGUACAUCGGGACUCUGCUGGUGACGGUGAAUCCGUAUAAAGAGCUGGACAUCUACAGCCAGAAGCAAAUGGACACCUACAUGGGAGUUAACUUCUUUGAACUGCCGCCUCAUAUCUACGCUCUGGCAGACAACGUCUUCCGCACCAUGCAGUCUGAGUCCAACAACCACUUCAUCCUGAUCUCUGGGGAAAGUGGGGCUGGAAAAACGGAGGCCUCGAAAAAAAUCCUUCAGUUCUACGCCGUCAGCUGUCCAAGUACCAAAGUUCUGAACAACGUCCGGGACAGGCUGCUUCUCUCCAAUCCAGUGCUUGAAGCUUUCGGAAAUGCCAAAACUCUGAAGAACGACAACUCCAGCCGCUUCGGGAAAUACAUGGACAUCCAGUUCGACCACCAGGGUGGAGCCGUUGGCGGCCACAUCCUCAGCUACCUGCUGGAGAAGUCCCGUGUGGUUCACCAGAACCACGGGGAGAGAAACUUCCACAUCUUCUACCAGCUGGUGGAGGGAGGAGAGGAAGACCUGCUUCGCUGGCUCGGCCUGGAGAGGAACUGCAAGAACUACCGUUACCUUGUGCAGGGGGAUUGUGCCAAAGUUAGCUCUAUCAAUGAUAAACGUGAUUGGAAGACAGUCAGGAAAGCCCUUUCUGUCAUAGACUUCAGUGAAGGUGAAACAGAGGACCUGUUUGGAAUCAUUGCUAGUGUUCUCCACUUGGGAAAUGUAAAGUUUGAUGCAGAUGCUCGAGGAUACGCCACUCUCAACAACAACUCAGAGAUGCAAUGGGUGUCAAAGUUGUUGGGGAUUCCUAAUCAGGUGCUACAACAGGGCUUAACCCACAGAAAGAUAGAAGCCAAAACAGAGGAGGUGCUCAGUCCCUUCUCUGUGGACCAUGCAGUAUACGCCAGGGACGCCCUUGCCAAAGCCAUCUAUGGACGCACUUUCAACUGGCUGGUCAACAAGAUCAAUGAAUCUUUAGCUAACAAGGACUCCUCCAGGAAAACCGUCAUUGGUUUGCUGGACAUCUACGGUUUUGAAGUUUUCAACGUGAACAGCUUCGAACAGUUCUGCAUCAACUACUGCAACGAGAAGCUGCAGCAGCUUUUCAUCCAGCUGACCCUCAAAUCCGAACAGGAAGAGUACGAGAUGGAAGGGAUUGAAUGGGAACCUGUGCCAUAUUUCAACAACAAGAUCAUCUGUGAUCUGGUGGAGGAAAAAUUCAGAGGACUCAUCUCUUUGCUGGAUGAGGAAUGUUUGCGGCCCGGAGAGGCCACAGAUCUAACUUUUCUGGAAAAGAUUGAGGAAAAGAUCGGCGGCCAUCCUCACUUUGUCACCCACAAACUGGCAAACAAAGACACAAGAAAAACCCUGGACAGAGGAGACUUCCGUCUGCUGCACUACGCUGGGGAGGUUACGUACUGUGUCGUUGGAUUUUUGGACAAAAACAAUGAUCUGUUGUAUCGAAGUGGAAAAGAGGUCAUGAGACAGUCCAAGAAUGCCAUCAUCAAACACUGCUUUCCCUCCAACGAACCAGACAGCAAGAAGAGACCUGAAACUGUGGUGACACAGUUCAAGAACAGCCUGGUUGGUCUGACGGAGAUCCUGAUGUCCAAAGAACCUUGGUACGUCCGCUGCAUCAAACCCAACGAAGCCAAGCAGCCAGGCCAGUUCGAUGACGUGUUGGUGAGACAUCAGAUGAAGUACUUGGGGCUGAUGGAGCACCUGAGGGUCAGACGGGCUGGGUUUGCCUACCGCCGUAAAUAUGAGAUCUUUCUCCAGAGGUAUAAGGCUCUGUGCCCAGACACCUGGCCCAACUGGAAAGGUACUCCAUCAGAAGGUGUGCUGUGCCUCGUGAAACACCUGGGUUACAAACCUGAUGAGUACAAGAUGGGCAGAACAAAGAUUUUCAUUCGCCACCCGGGCACUCUGUUUGCAACAGAGGACGCCUUUCAGAUCUGCAAACAUAAGCUGGCAACAAGGAUUCAGGCCAAAUAUAAAGGCUACAGGGUAAAAGAGGACUAUCUGAAACAGAAAGAGGCUGCCACAAAGAUUGAGAACUGUUGGAGGGGUUUGAUGGCAAGGAAGGAGCGAGAGAGGAGAGCUUGGGCCGUCAAAGUCAUCAAAAGGUUCAUCAAAGGUUUCAUGACCAGAAAUCAGCCGGCCUGCGUGGACAACAGUGAGUACCUGGCCUACGUGAGGCAGAGCUACCUCGCACGGCUGAAGGAGAACCUCCCCAAAACCGUCCUGGAGAAAGACUCCUGGCUCACCCCGCCUCCUGUCAUGAGGGAGGUCUCGCAGCUCUUGCAGAAGAUCUACAUUCGCAACAUGGUGAGGAAGUAUGUCAGAGGAAUCAGCGCUCAGAAGAAGGCACAGCUCUCAUUAAAAGUCCAGACCAGCUCCAUGUUCAAAGGAAAAAAGGAGAACUAUCCCUUUAGUGUGUGCCGACCAUUUGUGGACACCAGAAUUGCUCUAGCAGACAUAAACACGAAGGUCCUUCAGAUGAUUCAGCAUGAACACAUCAAGUACAGUGUGCCAGUGGUGAAAUACGACAGGAACGGCUUCAGGCCUCGUCCCCGGCAGCUCAUUUUCACCCAGGAAGCUGCUUACCUGAUCGAAGAGGCCAAAAUCAAGCAGCGGAUUGAUUACACCUCUCUGAAAGGCGUGUCUGUGAGCAACCUGAGUGACAACUUCCUGAUCCUUCAUGUCACAUGUGAAGACACCAAACAAAAGGGAGAUCUGGUUCUGCAGUGCGACCAUCUGUACGAAGCCCUGACUAAGCUGAGUGUUACUGCAGACAAGCAGAACUGCAUCAAAGUGGUUCAGGGAAGCGUGAGAUUUGACAUCCAGCCUGGCAGAGAGGGGUUUGUUGACUUCAAAAGUGGUCAGGAAUCCAUGGUCUACAGGGCAAAGAACGGUCACUUGAUGGUGGAAUCAACAAGAGCCAAGUCCAGAUGAAGACGACGGGGCGUAACCUCGCUAAUGGACCUCCUAAAUAAACAGCCAUGUUUGCUCUGUAAUGCAGCAAUGUAGAUGUUUUUAAUUAAUUGAGUUUUAUGGCAGCUGAUCUUUAAUUUAGCAUCUUUAAGGUUAUCUCAUAAUGUAUGCUGUCACUGUACAAACACUGCCAAUAAACAUUGUAGAAAACAUAGCGGAGACUGACCAGAAAAAUAUGUGGGUUGAAACGGUCUCUGAAUAAACUUAUGUAGAAUCAAGGACAAACCAUUUACUGAUGUUAAAUUAAAUGUUUAACUGCUUAAGAAUGACACGUUUUUAUAAAGAUGCAAAAAUAACAUGCAACUUCCAAUAUUUAGCUUUUCUAAACCAUGUCAGUGUAAAAGCAGAACUGAACACAUCAUAGUUUAUUAGAUGACAGUGUUCCUGUGAUGACUCCUCAUGUAGCAGCGCCCCCUGCUGGCCACUUUCUGAAACUGCUGAAGUCUUCAUGGCUUACAGGGAAAGCUUUGUUUGGUCACAUAAAAA